AUGGAGUGUCGCGUUAGAGCCCGCCUGCAGUAUCAAGCGGCCGUGAUCCAGGCACGUAUUGACCUGUUGGAUGCGAAUGUAGAUAUUGUCGCUUAUGAAAAUAGGAGAAGAAGGAGGCGACUGCGGAGGUGGUUGUCAAAGGUUUGGCUGGGUCCUGAGAGACGUCGAAUGUUUGGUCUCUACGAUCAACUCAUGAUGGAGCUGCGGAGAGAAGACCAGCGGUCAUUUACGAACUUCAUGAGGAUGCCUCCUGAGAUGUUUGAUGAGAUUCUUGAACGAGUGAGUCCCAGAAUAACAAAACAAUAUACCAGAUACAGAACCUCUCUUGACCCUGGAAUGAAGUUAGCCGUUACACUAAGACAUCUUGCGUCAGGGUCAAAGUAUUCCAACAUGCGGUUCGCCUGGAGGAUACCUCACAACACCAUCUCUGUCAUAGUGCGAGAAGUGUGCAGAGCAAUUAUAGACGAGUAUGUGGACGAGGUCAUGCCUUUGCCAACUACAGCUGCUGACUGGAAACGCAUUUUAGAUGGCUUCUUGGAAAAAUGGAACUUUCCUCACACUUCGGGUGCGUUGGAUGGCAAGCAUAUUGCCAGUAAGUGUCCACCUAGUUCCGGGUCCACAUAUUUCAACUAUAAGAAGUACUACUCCAUUGUCCUGCUGGCCCUCGUUGACUACGACUGCAAGUUCAUUUGGGCCGACAUCGGAGGCCGCGGUGCUGCAUCUGAUGCUCAGUUGUGGAACGAGUCCGACCUUAAAGCUGCAACUGAGGACGAGGAACUUGACCUGCCGGACCCCGAACCCCUGCCACACGACACGCAGGAUGUGCCAUUUUUCUAUAUUGGCGACGAUGCCUUUGGCCUGAAGACCUAUAUGCAGAAGCCAUACAGUCACAGAGUCUUGUCUCACGAUGAAAGGAUAUUUAACUACAGGCUGUCAAGGGCUCGAAGAGUGGUUGAAAAUGCUUUCGGCAUCCUCGCUAACCGGUUCCAAGUCCUGAUGAGUACCAUGCAGCAUCAUCCAUCGACCAUUCGCCUCAUUGGCACCACCUGUUUGGUUCUACACAACCAGUUUUGUCCGUCACGUGACCGGUAGAAAUACGCUCGUCGAACGUUCAAAGAACGUUUUGUCAGUUCUUCAUGCGCUGCGUGUACGUUUUGUGCGGUACAAAUCCGUUACUAGUACGGUGAAGUCCGUUAACUGUACGUCGUUCAUCCGGUAUAUGUGCGUUGAUCGUUCGGUCAUUGUGCGUUUUGUACGUUUUAUGCGCCCCGUACAGCGAUCAUGACAGCACCGAGCA